CAGAACUUUAAAACCCAGAGGACGCGCGCGCGCGUGUUACAGGCGAAUGUUGACACUGUAUGUCAAACACGAGUGAAUCUUUGCGAUAAGCAUGACGUUUUGUUAUUUUUCAUCUAUAACAACACUGCUCACAUGAAUCUCUUGGACUGAGGAUCGAAGUGCAGAGCUGAAGACACAAACUUAGUUCAGCUGAUCGCAGGAUGUCGUCAUUAGUUUAGAUUAGACAGGACGAGGACUUUCCAACUGGAGUAGGAUGGGCUUGAACACCUGGCCUCUGUUUACAUCGGACAUCAAGUGAUUUCAGAGCCACUCUUGGUGAUCUAUUGCUUUAACUUGUAACGCGAUCUAUUCAAAUUCAAAUUAAAAACAGGACUUUUCCCAUUAUCAUCUGUCCUGAUGUCGGACUGCAGCUCGUCGGGUUCAGAUGAGGAUUUGGAUCUGGAGUCCGAGCUGCUGGACGAGCUCGGCGGCACUCUUAGUAAGUGGACUAACUACAUUCAUGGAUGGCAGGACCGCUGGGUCGUGCUGAAGGGAAAUAUUCUCAGUUACUACAGAUCUGCCGAUGAGAAGGAGUACGGCUGCAGAGGGUCCAUCUGUCUCAGCAAGGCUGUCAUCACGCCCCAUGAGUUUGAUGAAUGCCGCUUUGACAUCAGUGUGAAUGACAGUAUCUGGUACCUGAGGGCUGAACAUCCUUUACUCCGGCAGCAGUGGAUUGAUACCAUUGAACUUCACAAGGCUGAGUCAGGCUACGGCUCGGAGAGCAGUCUACGCCGCCAUGGCUCCCUGCUAUCCCUCACCUCUGCCACCAGCGGCCUCUCUACCACCUCUACAUCCUCCUUCAAGAAGGGUUACAGCCUGCGGGAAAAGCUAGCGGAGAUGGAGACCUUCCGGGACAUUCUCUGCAGACAGGUGGACACACUUCAGAAGUAUUUUGACAAUGGCGCAGACAUUGAGAGCAAAGAUGACCUCCAUAGGGACAAAGAGGCUGCUGUUUUUCCUGCAGUAUCUGAUGAGGAGGAGGAUUUUCCCACUUCACGGCCAGAUGGGGACUACCUGCUUAAUAACAACAGCAGCAAAGAGAAAUUAUUUCCUAUGGACAGCCUCAAAGAUCCCAUAGGCAUUGAUUUCAAGGGUGAGGCUAUCACAUUCAAAGCCACUACUGCAGGAAUCCUCUCCACACUGUCCCACUGCAUCGAAAUAAUGGUCAAACGAGAGGAGAGCUGGCAGAGACGACUCGAUAAGGAAAUUGAGAGAAGACGACGGGCUGAGGAUGCCUACAAAGCUGCAUUGACAGAGCUAAAGAAGAAGCCUCUUUAUGGAGGACCAGACUAUGAAGAGGGACCAAACAGUCUCAUCAAUGAAGAGGAGUUCUUCGAUGCUGUGGAAGCUGCGUUGGAUAAACAUGACCAGAUCGAGGAGCAGGCAGAAAGGAGCAGGGUAUCUCAGCAGAUCGCUCUCACCCCAGACACCUAUUCUUCCAUCAGUACUCAGAAAUACUUGACUAAGCCUCGCAGUCAUUCUUCCUCCUCGUCCUCCAUUGACCUCAUAAGUGCCUCUGAUGACGUGCACAGAUUCAGUGCUCAGGUGGAGGAGAUGGUGCAAAGUCACAUGACAUAUUCCUUACAGGAUGUGGGUGGAGAUGCAAACUGGCAGCUGGUCGUUGAGGAAGGCGAUAUGAGGGUGUAUAGGAGAGAGGCUGAGGAGAACGGCAUUGUGCUUGAUCCUCUCAAAGCCACUCAUGCUGUCAGAGGGGUCACAGGUCACGAGGUCUGCCACUACUUUUGGGACACAACUUUUCGGAAUGACUGGGAGACAACUGUUGAAAGCUUUAAAGUAGUGGAGGUGCUCUCUGAUAAAGCAGUUAUCAUCCAUCAGACACAUAAGAGGGUUUGGCCGGCCUCUCAGCGGGAUGUGCUUUAUGUAUCAGUUAUUCAUAAAUUUCUCUCGACCAAUGAGAACGAUCCAGACACCUGGCUGGUGUGCAACUUCUCAGUGGAUCAUGACAGCUACCCACCCUCUACUAGAUGCAUUCGUGCCAAAAUCAAUGUGGCCAUGAUCUGUCAAACACUAAUCAGUCCACCAGAGGGCGACAAAGAGAUCACCCGAGACAACAUCCUCUGUAAAAUCACAUAUGUAGCCAAUGUAAACCCUGGCGGUUGGGCCCCUGCAUCAGUCUUGCGAGCCGUUGCCAAGAGAGAAUACCCCAAAUUCCUUAAACGCUUCACCACAUAUGUUCAAGAGAAGACCAGCAGCGAGGCUAUUCUCUUCUGAAACACACCAGGCUGCCUUUUGAUAGUCCUCUCCUGAAGAAACACCUUAUUUGGCAUAUUGAAACAUUAAUUAAACCAGAGGGAGCUGCUCUGCCCAACUGCUCUUCGACACUAUUAACAAGAAACUUUUUUUCAAUCAGUGCACAUUAUUCAUACAGAAUAAACAAAAGUAAAAAAAGUGCAGAGAUGCACCCCUUUAUGGAGCACACCAAGCCACCAGUCCAACACAGUUUGUUCAUCUUUAAAAGGCUUUAACUAUUUUUCUUUAAUGAGCUAUGUCUCAGGUUUUGUGAAAGUGUUUUGCAUUUUUGUAAAUAUUUUAUCAAAGCUGAACCUGAUUUAGGUAUGGCUAUGGUAUUGAUGGAAAUAUAUAUAUAUAUAUAUAUAUAUAUAUAUAUAUAUAUAUAUAUAUAUAUAUAUAUAUACUAUAAACUUUGCCUUGAUCUAAUCACAGUGUCUUCUCGGCUGUACGUGUGGUUUCUUACUGGCCUUGUCUAAUAGUCUUUUUGUCUUAGGAAGACUUUUUCCUGUCUGAUGAUCAAGAGGAUGUCAAACUUCUGUCUUAAGAGCUUUUUGUACAGUUAGUGUCUGAAUGUUUAACAUUAUUUACAUGUGAUGCCAUUACACAUUUUGAUUAUUGUAAUUAAAAAAAAUUGACUUUUA